AGCAAAACCCACGACACCCACCCACCUAGUUUGCUACCUUUUACCAAAAUCGGUCAAAAAACAGAACACCAACCUCAAACCUCAUCCAUCUUCCCUGUUUCAGAAACACUCUGCUCUGUACAUCAUGGGCAACUCCAUAGUAGAAGCCCUCAACGUCCGUAUGGAAGGGUCUGGGCAGAAGUUCCUGGUCCUUGCCCAUGGCUUCGGUACCGACCAGUCUGUCUGGAAAGGCAUUCUCCCCUCCUUCACCCCUUACUACCGUGUCAUUCUCUAUGACCUCGUCUGCGCCGGCAGUGUCAACCCCGAUUACUUCGAUUUUCAACGCUACACCACUCUCGAUUCCUAUGUUGACGACUUGCUCAAUAUCCUCGACGCUCUCGGAGUCGAUCGCUGUGCCUACGUCGGCCAUUCCGUCUCCGCCAUGAUCGGAAUCUUAGCUUCCAUUCGUCGCCCAGAGCUCUUCACCAAGCUCAUCCUCGUCGGUGCUUCUCCAAGAUUCUUGAACGACGUAGAUUACCACGGAGGAUUCGCGGGGGAGAUCGAGAAAGUGUUGUACGCAAUGGAGGUUAACUACGACGCAUGGGUGCACGGUUUCGCACCGUUGGCGGUGGGAGCCGAUGUCCCGGACGCUGUUCGAGAAUUCAGCCGGACCCUAUUCAACAUGAGGCCAGACAUAUCCUUAUUCGUUUCCCGCUCCAUUUUCAACAGCGAUCUGAGGGGAGUCCUGGGCCUAGUCAAGGUACCCUGCUGCAUAUUUCAGACCACAAAGGACGUUUCGGUCCCGAACUCCGUAGCCACCUAUCUGCGGGACCAUCUGGGUGGGUGCAACACGGUGGAGCCGCUCGACACCGAGGGUCAUUUGCCCCAUUUGAGCGCUCCGGCACUCAUGGCGGUCAAACUCCACCGAGCACUUUCACGCUGAGUCUGCACUGUGUCACUGGCUACUAACUUUCUAGACAGCCAAGCAAAACCCAGCAUUAAGGUACCGAUGGAGUGGGGUCCUGAGAAAUGAAAUAUAAUAAGGUGGAGUUCUUGACACCUGGCUAGUAAUAUGUGGACAUUAGGACCUGGAACUUCGGAUUAUGAGGAUGUUACAGGGGAUAAGAAUCUACACGUGGUAAUCACGUGAUGAUGUUAUUCUUUGUUUUUUUUUUUUUUUUCGUCAUUUUAAUUUGGAGUGUUCUUCUUAAUCUUUA